GCCGGGUCUGGCGCGACCGCGGCAGGCUGUCUUGGAAGAGUUUGGCUGUUGGCUCUUACGUGGGCGAACCGAGUGGUCGUGAGUGUUGGGCGCGCGGGGCGCGCGAGGAAGGAGCUGAUCCAUAAUGGCUACCCUGAUCUUUGUUGAUAAGGAAAAUGGAGAACCGGGCACCCGUGUGGCUCCCAAGGACGGGCAGAAGCUGCGGUCUAAGCCUCCAGUCAAAACUUUAGAUGGGAGAUCUCAGGUUUCAACACCACGUGUAGGCAAAAUGUUUGAUGCUCAAGCAACCUUGCCUAAAGUUACCAGAAAGGCUUUGGGAACUGUCAACAGAGCCACCGAAAAUUCAGUAAAGAACAAUGGACCUCUCAAACAGAAGCAGCCAAACUUCUCUGCCAAAAAGGUAACUGAGAAGACUGUCAAAGCAAAAAGCACUGUUCCAGCCUUGGAUGACUCCUAUCCUGAAAUAGAAAAAUUCAUUCCCUUCAAUCCUUUAGAUUUUGAGAGUUUUGACCUGCCUGAAGAGCACCAGAUUGCACACCUCCCCUUGAAUGGAGUGCCUCUCAUGAUCCUUGAUGAGGAGAGGGAACUUGAAAAGCUGUUACACCUGGGCCCCCCUUCACCUCUGAAGAUGCCCUCUCAACCAUGGGAGUCUAAUCUGUUGCAGUCUCCAAGCGUUCUGUCGACCCUGGAUGUUGAAUUGCCACCUGUUUGCUAUGACUUAGAUAUUUAAAUUUCUUAGCACUUAAUAGUUUGUAUGUUUUGUAUUAAUAAAGAAAUUCUUUAAUAGA